AUUGCAAUGGUCGGUUUGUUUGUCAUGGAAGAAUGACCCUCCCUUUUAACCCGUGCGCCUGACUGUGAAUUGAUGGAGGCUUAUGUUUUUUGUAAAUAUUCCUGAAUCUCUUUGAGUCCUUUGGGAUUCAACGGCUUUUCUUCAGCCCUCUCAAGGUGCUUUUGAGCCAUAUGGACUUGAACAGGGUUAUGACGAGAAGAGCAUGGAACCGAUGGUGGUAGUGUGUGUGUUUUACAUAGCUGGGAAGGUCCAGCCCAUAUUAGAUUUGCCUGGAAUACCUGACUUCAGUCUAGAGCAGAUGGCGCUGCACGCAGCGGUUCUGACUGUGGCCCUGCUAGGAUCCUAUUGUGGAGCCCCUCCGGUUGACCCUUCCUCCUAUGACUUGAAGAACUACGACGUGGACUCGGACACGUGGGACAGCUACGGGGAACUCUAUGACUACGACGACCUGGAUGAGGAGAUUGAAGUCGGGACCUUGGCUCCUCCUCCUUCUGUCACUCAACCACCUUCUCCAGUUGUUCAUAAGCACUCCACCCAGGAGGUCACUCUUCCCCCAAGUCCCACCAUGCCUGCUGUUCCUCCUACGCUGGACUUCCUGGGACCUGGGCUCUUUGGCCCAGGCACUGGCCUGGGGAUGCCUACUUGCCUGCUGUGUGUGUGUAUCAGUGGCAGCGUGUACUGCGACGACGCUGACCUGACUCAGGUUCCCCCUCUGCCCAAGGAGACGACACACUUCUAUGCCCGCUUCAACAAGCUCACUGAGGUUAAGUCCAAGGACUUCCUAAACCUGAAUCAGCUGAAACGGAUAGACCUCACAGGGAAUCAGAUUUCUGCGCUGGACGAGGACGCAUUCCGCUCCCUCCCACAGCUCCAGGACCUGCUGCUGGCUGACAACAGCCUCCAGGUCCUGCCUGAGCUACCAGACACCAUGAGACACAUUGACGUCCGCAACAACCGUCUGAGAAGUGCUGGCAUGCACAGAGAGGCUUUUAAGGAAAUGAAAGACCUGCAGUUCUUGUACUUGUCGGAUAACCAGCUGGACUACAUCCCCGUUCCUCUGCCUGACAGUCUUCGAGUGCUUCACCUGCAGAACAACAACAUCCAGAGCCUGAACCAAGACACCUUCUGCAACAGCCAUGACAUCAACUAUGUGCGCAAGGCUCUAGAAGACAUCAGGUUGGACAGCAACCCCGUGGACAUCAGUCGCUACACCCAGGCCUACGUCUGCCUCCCGCGGCUACCUGUGGGUAGCCCGUACUGAGAUUUGGGGUGGGAUCUUGUGUUAUUGCUGUGUAUUGGAUUUAAAAGGACUGCUGUAACAACUCUAUUUUAUGUUUAUAUACAUACCUCUCUAAUUCAGUCACUGCUGAAAAUCUUUACAUAACAUUAAAAUCUUAAAAUGUUCAAUA